AGACCGGCGCGAGGUCCCCGGAGCCGGCUCGCCGCCCGCCGGGGGCUGGAAUGCGGUAGGGUAGGGCCAUGUAUUGGAAGAGUGACCCGAUGUUCGUCUGCAGGCUGGAGGACAAGGACCUGCCCGCGCUCGGGGGCCCGGCGGAGAAGGCCAGCCCCGCAGCCGCUGACGAGGACUCCUGCUCUUCCUCCGCUGCCCUGUCGCCCUCCUCAUCGCCGCGGUCCAUGGCCUCGGGCUCAGGCUGCGCCCCCGGCAAGUGCGUGUGCAGCAGCUGCGGCCUGGAGAUUGUGGACAAGUACCUGCUCAAGGUGAAUGACCUCUGUUGGCACGUGCGCUGCCUCUCAUGCAGCGUUUGCAGAACGUCCUUGGGAAGGCACACCAGCUGCUACAUCAAAGAUAAAGACAUCUUCUGCAAACUUGAUUAUUUCAGGCGCUACGGCACUCGCUGCUCGCGCUGCGGGCGCCACAUCCACUCCACGGACUGGGUCCGGCGGGCCAAGGGCAACGUGUACCACCUGGCGUGCUUCGCCUGCUUCUCCUGCAAGAGACAGCUCUCCACCGGAGAGGAGUUCGCGCUGGUGGAGGAGAAAGUCCUCUGCAGAGUACAUUAUGACUGCAUGUUGGACAAUUUGAAAAGAGAAGUUGAAAAUGGUAAUGGGAUUAGUGUGGAAGGAGCAUUACUAACAGAACAAGAUGUUAAUCAUCCAAAACCAGCAAAAAGGGCUCGGACCAGCUUCACAGCAGAUCAGCUCCAGGUUAUGCAAGCACAGUUUGCUCAGGACAACAAUCCAGAUGCACAAACACUUCAGAAACUGGCAGAAAGAACAGGCUUGAGCAGGCGUGUUAUACAGGUGUGGUUUCAGAAUUGCAGAGCACGCCAUAAGAAACAUGUUAGUCCUAAUCAUUCAUCAACUGCUCCUGUCACAGCAGUCCAGCCCUCCAGGUUGUCUCCACCCAUGUUAGAAGAAAUGGCAUACUCUGCAUACGUACCCCAGGAUGGGACUAUGCUCACUGCUCUGCACAGCUACAUGGAUGCUCAUUCUCCUACAGCUCUUGGACUUCAGCCUUUGCUACCCCAUUCAAUGACACAGCUGCCACUAAGUCACACCUAAUUCCUUUUCAUCAGGGAUCUAAACUAUUAAAGAUGUAACCUUAAGUCACAGUGUAUUGAAAAUAUAAUUGGAAAGAUAUUAAUGUUAACUUUUUAUUUAACACCCAGAGCAUUUUCAAGAAAAUUUUUGCCCAAGUAUGUACAUCUAUUUAGCUUGCAAGACACUUUUAUGGAUUCUGCAUAAGUAACUAUUAAUUGUUUACAAGCCUUAUUAAACACCUUUUUGUAUUGUCUGGAAGUAGUCUGCUCUAGUUAUGUGUGUGUUAAUUUAUUUGUCAUCAAAAGAGCACUUUGCCUAAAAGAAAGGACUGACAAUUGUGCAAAAUGUUUACAAUUCUUUGUGAAAUUGUAGUUUAUCAUUAGGUUUGUAUUUGUAAGUUAUUGUUAAAAGUAUUACCUGUAUUUGAGUUGUGUAGAGCCUAUAUGUUAAAGCUUAUUUCUGUGAGUUUACAAAAAUAAAUUUUGUUUGCAAAUAUUUUCAAAAA